AUGCAAAUCAGAUUUCACUUCUUUAAAGGCGUCGUGACUAAAUUUUUGGACAAGGAUGAGCACAAAACAUCGAAAAGAAGGUCGACUGUAACGGAAUGCAAGGCACACUUAAUGUGGGUCAGUUGUGCGAUUUUUGGUAAACAAAAACACAUGAAUGGAAUGGAGUAUAUGCAGGUGAACAAAGGGGAGAGACAGUUAGUCAAUGACUAUGUACAGACCGAUAAGAGACCAACAAGAGACAGUCACUCUCGAACUAACAGCUCAGCUGUUGAUACCAAUCAUAUAACUAAUCUAACAGAGGAACUGUCUCGCCUGCAGCAAGUUAAAUGGGAACUGGAAAAUAGGUGUCACUCAGUCGAAGAGGAAUAUUCUGAAGUCAAUAAGAAGUUUGAAGACCUGAAACAAACAAGUAAUGAAAUGGUAAUUUCUAUACAGACUUUGGAGCAUGACAAUCGAGCCCUCAGACAGGAAGUGAUGAAGCUGAAGAGUGACUUGUGUCAGCAAGCAACGGCCUUGGGACAGAGUGAUCAAAGCUCAGGAGAGGUCCGGAACUUAGAGACUCCGAAGGGAAAGAUACUUAUUUUAGGUGAUAGUUUGGCAUAUAACAUUAGAAAUGGUUUGUCUAGGCAUUUGAAGUAUAAUUUUGAUAUUUCUUCAGUUAUAAAACCUAAUGCCUUAAUAGGUGAUGUUGUAUCGGAUAUUUUAAGACUGGCAAAAAAUUUUGAUACGAAUGAUUAUGUUGUUGUAAUGGGGGGUAGUGUAAAUCUUCUGAAUGGUAUUAGGGUUGAAGAAGAAACGAUUGAGAGACUUAGAGUUGAUAAAGGGUAUACAAAUCUAAUUCUUUUUUCGGUUCCAUUGUGGAGCGACAACAGUCUUUUGAAUAAAUUUAUAAAUGAGCAUAACAAAAUGAUGUAUGAUAAAGUUUUGUCUGAACAGAAUGGUUCACUGUUUCUGCACUUUAACGCUGUUGUUAGAUCUUUGGAGUUUUUCUAUAGGGAUGGUUUGUUUAUUGCUUAUAGAGAUCCGUCCACAUGCCAUAUUCCAACAGCUCAUGUUUGUACUGUUCAGAAUCAAAAAGAGUAUUGUUCAAUAAGACUUAAGACUGACUAUUAA